AAAAGAGGACACUUUAGAAAUUAGGGUUUAUGUGAUUUCAUUUAAAAACAAAUAAUUUUAUAAUAAGGAAAGUAAAUAAAAACGUUUUACUUAACAUAAUUUAUAUCGAGUUGUAUAAUAGAGUUCGAUUUGUUAAUGCUACAGUGUUGCAAAAUAAUGUCAGUGCAAGUCUUCCUUUUUUUUAGUCCGCUACGGUAUUUAAUGUUUACUUAAACUUGCGUAUAAUGAAAUAGUGGAUUUAUUUGUAAAUUGUAUCGUCUAAUUUUAUUUGUUGUCUAAAGAAAGAUUGUUAAUUAAUAAAUUAGAGCAAAAUAUUAUAAAAAAUAUAUACAUGGAAUUUCAAUAAAAUAUUAUUACUCUGCUUAUACUGUGAUGCUGUUUACUAAGUAAUCGAAUAAGUCCCAUUUUACCACACUAAAAUUAUAAGCAUGCAAGUAUGUGGUUAAGAAAAUUGAAAGUGUGAUGUGGGCGCCAAAUAAGCAUUGUUAAGCAUCCAGUAAAACAUUUAAGUUAUGUAUGUUAAAAUAGCGACUGUUGUAUUCUGAGGAGAUGAGCUUAACACACAGGACUACACAUUAACGUACGCGCAUGAUUCGAAAUUGACGCCAAAAAGUCUGAAAUCUGUCUGUGCAGCUUUUUUCUUCGUUGGGAGCAUAUUUAUUCCUAAACAAACAGUUGCAAAGUAGACAUCGGUCGGAGUAGUUUCAAGUAAAAAAGUGACAUCACUAGGCAAUUAAGUCAAAUCUUAGUUAUUUUAUAAAGGAAUUUCCAUUAAAAAUGUAUGAAUAUGGUGAUAAUUCCGGUGUGAAUGCACAAAAUCCAAACACAAUGGUACCGAACGUUAUGUUUGAUAAUACAAUGCCCGAAUUGGGCAAAAUGCAGGUGCAAGAAGGAGGUCUACACUUGAAUUUGAAAAUUAAUAGACACUCGUGUAAAUGUAAUUAAUUUAUAGGUAAUUCGAACAUGGGUGGCAAUGUGUAUAUAGAACCUAGCGCUGAUGGCGGACCGCAGCAAACUAUGCCAAUGUAUGCGAUUGAUGGUAGUGUGCAGCAGUAUGAAAUACCAGAUCCCAUACUACGACGCACUUUUGCACGUAAGGUGUUCAUCACACUGCUAUUGCAGCAUGUACUCUCCUUGCCGGUGAUUGAAAUUUUCAUACUCAGCUUCGAACCCAUUUCUCAUCCUGUUAUACAAGGCGUGCGUGGUAUUACGUUUUGCAUACUUAUUGCAUUUUACUUCUUUAGCGAUAUGCGUCGCUAUCCACCAGUGAAUUUUAUUGCCUUUAUUAUAGUGACAUUGCUGUUAGCCGUUGAGGCAGGGGUUUUGGCAACUUGGUUGAAUUCACAAUUGGCUAUAUUUCCACAUCUCAUAGUGAUCGUACAACUUUUAGCCAUAGUUGGUUAUUCGGAACAAACUCGUUAUAGAUUUACAGUUAUAAAUGCCAUUUUAUUGGUACUGCUAGUGUCAUUGGCUGGUCACUAUCUUAUUGAGAUUGUAUUUUCCUCAUUUUCAUUUAAUCACAUUGCGUACGUUCUGCUUUCGCUAACAACUUAUCGCGCACCGUAUAUCAUUUACGAUAUGCAUCUCAUGUUGAGCGGUCACCACGGUUACAAUUUGCAGCCGCAUGAAUAUAUAUUCGCUGCGACAAAUAUUUACGCAGAUAUGCCAAAUCUUUUGUGGCGCAUGUUAAAAUUCUUCAUUGUAACACCUUUGAUCAAAAUGUAUCAAUUUCUUACAGGCUGUUGUGCUGCCGAAGUAUGUUAGAUGUUGCACAUUAUUAUUCUUAUGUGAAAUGUACAAAAAUAUUCAAUAUAUAUAUUGUACGGGUAUAAUGCGCCUUAUAUAGUAUACCAAAAUUUGCCAAAAUAUACAUUUUCAUAAUAUAAUUAAAGCUUUUGACAACUAUACCAUAUAAAUUAUAAAAAAAUUUAAAUUGUUAAAGUAUGCUAAAGUACUUCAUAAUCGUUAUCUUAUCUUUAUAAAACGUUUGGAGUUUUGUCAAUCAAAUAUUUGCUUGUAAAUUACUUGUAAACGUUAGCUGAGCAAUAAAAAUAUGAAUUUAACGAAAAAUUGUUAUCAAACUUACCAAUCGGAUCAAUACACUCCACUGUUAAUGCACACUUCAACCAGGGCAGCAUUAUAUUCUUCUCUACGUAGGGACUGUCCAAGAAUAAAGCUACGUCGAGAUCGACCAUUCGCAGAAAAUUGAAAUCAUCAGCGUCGGUUUGAAAGUAAUCGAACAUUUUUGGAUGUGUGCGUGUCGAUACGGCAGUUGGUGUAUUCCAACCCAGAACUCCCGCCCUUAA